UAGAAAGAUCCAGAUCGUUCUCCUGCGCAGACGCUAGAUAUAAAACGCGAGCCGGCCGGCACACUUCAGUUUCAUUUCGUGUCGUGAAGUGAUUGAGAUAGUUCUGUCAAAGCGGACUUCGCUAACUUUUUGCGCACUUUUGAAAUACUUCCGUAUUCUUACAAGAUGUCUCUGGUACCAUUCAUCCUAAACGAACUGCUGAACGAGGAGCGCCCAUCAUGCAUAUAUGACCAGAACUUUGGCCUGGGAUUCCAUCCCCAUCCAUACGAGAGAGCACUAUUGGCAGCUCCACUACGCGCCGGGUACCUGCGCCCAUGGCGGCACACACGCCAGGACCGCAGCGGCACAUCCUCUCUUGUCUCUGACAAGGAUGGUUUCAAAGUCAGCCUGGACGUGCAGCAGUUCAAGCCAGAGGAGUUGUCAGUGAAGGUGGUUGAUGACUACAUCUGUAUCGAGGGAAAACACGAGGAGCGCAGUGACGAGCAUGGAUUCGUCUCUCGCCAGUUCACGCGGCGCUACAAGCUGCCAGAGAACGUGGACGUAGCUGCACUGAAGAGCAAUCUCUCCUCUGACGGAGUGCUGCAGCUGCAAGCACCGCGCAAGGCCGUGGAGGGUAGCAAGGAACGCGCAAUCCCCAUCGUACAGACCAAUCAGCCUGCUGUGAAAGCCGCAGACUCCAAGGAUGGGAAGAAGCAGAACGGAAACGAAGAGAAGAUGGAGAGCUAAGCUUACAACACCAAGUGUAACAGUAUUCUUGUCUUUUAUUAUUGUAUUUUUGUUCCUUAUUAGUGUUAGGCCUACUUUGUAAGUAAGUAAUGUGCAUUUGUUGUUAAACUUGUACUUGUAGGUCUACUGUGUCAAGACUGUCGAAUUUUGUAUUCUUGUUUGUGUUUUUGUGCAAAUUCCUGUGAGUAAUUUAUGAAAACCAUGUGCGUAAGACUGAUACCAAGUAUUGUAAAAUGUCCUACUUAAUUUUUUAUUUGCAAUAAAAUACUGUUCAUUUUCGUGAA